GCCUAUUGCCAUUUUUGCCCUAAAAAUAGUUCAAGCUAGACGCAACGCACACACACAGAUUCAGCGCUUACCGGCGGCAGCAAUGGCGGAAGAUGCAAUACUGGGUUACUUAGCCACCGCCGAGGAGAUCCCCGAUUCAGGACAAUUCGCCGUUGAACACGGUCUCAACCACAACGACGCCGUUAAUGUCAUCAAAAGCCUCCACGGUUUCCGCUACAUCGACGCUCAAGACAUCAAAAGAGAAAACUGGGUUCUCACCGACGAAGGCAAAAAAUAUGCCACCGAAGGCUCCCCUGAAGUUCAACUCUUCUUAGCCAUCCCUCAAGAAGGUUCCAUUUCUAAAGAUGAGUUGCAGAAAAAGCUGGAGCCUUCAGUUUUCAAAAUUGGGUGCUCGCAAGCUGGGAAAAACAAAUGGGUCGAUAUGGGAAAGCAAGUUUCGAGAAAAGUUCAACAUGUUGAAGACAAGGUCAAAGAUUUACUUAUUAGAGUACAAAAUGGAGAGGAAAUCGGCAAAGAUGAUGUUACUUCACUUAAAGCAAGGAAGCUUAUCGUUGCACAGAUAUGGAAAGGUUACUCAGUGAGAAAAGGGCCCAACUAUGCCCCUAAAAGAAAGAAAGUAGCUACUGAUCUGACUCGAGAGAAUCUACAGAGGGCUGACUGGAAGGAAUUGGAGUUCAAAGAGUAUAACUUCAAUGCUAAAGGACCGCCUGCUGAAGCUGGCCAUCUUCAUCCAUUGCUCAAGGUGAAACAACAAUUGAAGAACAUAUUUCUUCAAAUGGGUUUUGAGGAGAUGCCAACAAACAAUUUCGUUGAAAGCAGCUUCUGGAACUUUGAUGCAUUGUUCCAGCCGCAACAACACCCUGCACGUGAUUCACAUGAUACAUUCUUUCUGGAAGCUCCAUCCACUACAAGGGAGCUGCCCGAAUAUUAUGUUGAGUUGGUGAAGCGUGUUCAUGAAUCUGGUGGUUAUGGCUCCAGGGGAUAUAUGUACGACUGGAAAAGAGAGGAAGCAAACAAAAACCUGCUGCGUACUCAUACGACUGCUGUCUCUACUAGAAUGCUUUAUGCUCUAGCAAAGCAACCGUUUGCCCCCAAAAGAUAUUUCUCUAUAGAUCGUGUGUUCAGAAAUGAAUCUGUGGACCGAACUCAUCUUGCAGAGUUUCAUCAAAUUGAAGGUUUAGUUUGUGAUCGCGGGCUUACUCUUGGUGAUUUGAUCGGUGUUCUGAAUGACUUUUUCUCGCGACUAGGAAUGUCCAAGUUGCGUUUCAAGCCUGCUUACAACCCAUAUACUGAACCUAGCAUGGAGAUAUUCAGUUAUCAUGAAGGCUUGAAGAAAUGGGUGGAAAUUGGAAAUUCCGGCAUGUUCAGACCUGAAAUGUUGCUUCCAAUGGGAUUCCCCGAGGAUGUUCGUGUCAUUGCUUGGGGUCUUUCACUUGAAAGGCCGACUAUGAUACUCUAUGGGAUCGAUAACAUUAGGGAUCUUUUCGGACACAAGGUCGAUCUUAGCCUCAUCAAACGUAAUCCGAUCUGUCGUAUCGGAAUUGAUUAGAUCAUUACAGGGAUAAUUCUUGCCAUCCCAUUUUUUCUUUUGUACUUGAACCAGAAGAUAAAGCAAUACACCUUGCACGUAGUUUUAUAGCAUAUACACAAGAGAGCAAUGGUUGUAUCAUACAUUUUUGGUUUCUUUUCUUUC